AUGUAAAUGCGGCGUCUCGCGGCCUCAUCGUUCUUUUUCCCUCUGCCGUGCUGUUGGGGAGGUCGGCCUGUUCUCUGUCUCUGAAGAUUUUAACACCUAAGCGGCAACCAUGAUCAUCUACAAGUGCAUUGUCUCAGGUGAUGAGAUGUUCUCAGAUAUCUAUAAAAUAAAAGAAUCUGAGGAUGGAAUGUUCUAUGAAGUUGAAGGAAAGACUGUCACCAGGACAGAAGGGUUCGACGACUCUUUGAUUUCAGCCAACGCCUCUGCUGAGGAGGCGUCUGAAGGCAACGAGUCCGCCACCUUGUCCGGCGUGGACAUCGUGCUCAACCACAAGCUGCAGGAGACCUCCUUCGACAAGAAGUCGUACACGUCUUACAUCAAGAACUACGUCAAGCUGGUCAAGGCCAAGCUGGAGGAGACCAGCCCUUCAAAAGUAGAAGACUUCGUGGCUAAGACGCCGGCAGGAAUCAAGAAGGUCCUCGGAAACAUCAAGAACUAUCAGUUUUUCACAGGAGAGUCGAUGAACGUAGAUGGCAUGGUGGGCCUGCUGGACUACCGUGAGGACGGCAUCACGCCAUACAUGCUUUUCUUCAAAGAUGGCCUGGAGGCUGAGAAAUGUUAACUGGCCGGAAUAAAACCUGCUGUUCAAUUGACUGCUGCUCCCCCCAAAUUCCCCCAAAGCGCAGACUUGAAGGGGCCUCAUUCUGCAUCAUGCCUGAACGGAUACUCCCGCCCUCACUGUGGCCCGCAGCAUCAACAAACUGUAGGCAAUCUAUUGCCAUUCGGUCACCAGAUACAGUUUUUAACUUUUUUUUUUUUCUUCCUCCUUCAGUAUUUUUUUUACUUUGAUCCAGUGGUCAUGUUAAAAACUAAACGGCUGCACAGAAAGUGAAGCUCUGACUCUGGCUGCAAAUCAGCAAUCCAUCCGCGGCCGUCAUCAUGCUUGGGUUUAUGGUUGUCACACUAGUCCAUCUGCAAUGCAAAGACUUCAGGUUUAAUUUGGAAAUAAAACGUACCUCUACUUUAA